UCUGAAUUCGAAAGGCCUCACUUUUUCAACUGUAAUCACCUGUCUCCUCAAUUUACUCUUUCUUCCUUUUGGGGAUUCUGUUAUUUAUGGCUGCCACGAAAAUGUCCAACUAUGAUAAACAUUUUGGGCCAGAACAAUUAAAGUGGCCAGAACCAGAGUCAGUUGCUUUGAUGGAGGCAUUGGCUAGAGAAGACAUUGAUGAAGCUGUGUACAUGAUAUUAUUUAGAAAAAAUUAUGUUGCGAAGAGAUUGGAUACGUAUUUUCAGCAUCUGGAUGUUUUUAAGGAAAGAAGAAAAGAGUUGUUACAUAAAAAAUGGACUGAAAAUGUUGCAAAGCCUCUUCAGAGAAUUCUGGAAAAAGUAAUUUCAUAUAAAGGGUUGGAAAAAACAAAACAAGAGAAUUCUGAAUAUUUUUUAAAGCACACAAAUAAAACGGAAAUUAUAUUUGGAGACUUCUAUGAUCCUGAAGUAUACAAUCCUUUUUAUAUGACAAAAAAGGACUCAAAUUAUGGAAAGGUUAUGGUCCCACCGUUCUGUGAUCCUCUGUUUAGAAGACAGCAAGAGUUGGAUGAAGAGCGGAGGGCUGUUUUUCAGUAUAAGACGGGAAAACGAUGUACCUUAAAAGAAUUUAAAGAACUAGAGAAGGCCAGGCAGUAUGCCAGAUUGCCCCAGCUGACUUUCAGUCUCCACAGAGUGGUUCCAAAAGAGCAGCCCAAAGCUUCUGCAAGGCCUGUGGGAAGCAAAACUCGUAGCAAAUGCAGUCCUGAAAAGCUUGUCUGUGCAGAAGAGAAAUAUCCGCCUGAUAAAGAGAAAACGACUAGUGACCUAAGUCAGACUGUUUUUGAAAGGCAGUUUUAUUCCUCGAAGCUUGGCCAGGAGAGUAAAAAGCAUGAAAAGAAGAGUCUGGUUUUAGGAACCAGACGGCACAGACCCAGAUCCUGGGUGGCUGGGGAAGGCCAGCAGAGGCGGAGGUCACAGCCCGUGGAGAGAAGAGUGAUGACAGCAGAGGUCCUGGGGCGGCACCUGGCUGCCCCCGGAACUGUGCCCCAUGAGGGGCCGUUUGCUGACCUUUACUUUGCAGUGUCUCUACAACAGUUAAAACGCUGCCAACAUUUUUUCUCUCCAGAAGUGGAAAAACAGAAGAAAUAG